UUGCCUUCUUUCCUCUUGUCGGUCACAGCUGCUGACAUUCUUCUUUCCAUCUUUGGUGCUGGGCAGACACCCCUGACUCUAAAGAUAGCCACAUGCAAGGCCUUGCACGCUGCUGUUCUAUCAGUCUCAUGUGCUCCAUCGCUCUGUACUCCAGUGCUCCAUAACUUCAUACGGUAUCAGUUUGCUUAUCAUGAGUUCCCAGGCCAUUGGGUUAAAUGACACUCAGAGUCCGUCUGAUGCGGCUGUGAUGUGUUAUAACAAAGGAUGCGGGCAGACAUUCCUUCUCAAAGACCACAGUGCAGAUGCUUGCCUCUUUCACCCUGGGUACCCCAUAUUUCAUGAUGCCCUGAAGGGCUGGUCCUGCUGUAAAAAACGCACAACGGACUUCUCUGAAUUUCUAGCGAUCCAGGGCUGUACCAAAGGUCCUCACAGUAAUGAGAAACCAUUGGAACCUCUUAGACCUGAAGUAUCUGGAAACAAAAGCAAAUCAGAGUCUGGAUCAAACUCCUGUACAGAGAUAAUUGUGCAAGGCCCAAAAUCUGCUGAAAAGAUGCAGAAAGAGAGACCCAGUGCACAGGAACAGAUGCGCCCUCUUACGUUCAAAGUAUCUCGCUCACUUGAAGAGGUGCUGGAGAAGCUUCGCUUGGAGACCAAAGAGGUGUCUGUGCAAAAAGCCGAGACUGAUGUUGCAGUUGUUGGAACAAGGUGUAAACAUUCAGGCUGUAAAGAGGUUUAUCAGGGGCCAGAAAGUGAUGCAGGAACAUGUGUUUACCACCCCGGAGUUCCAGUCUUCCAUGAGGGCAUGAAGUACUGGUCCUGUUGUGCCAUUAAAACCAGUGACUUCAAUGAAUUUCUGGAGCAAAGAGGGUGCAGCUCAGGGAAGCAUCUGUGGGUUCAGAUAGCAGGAAAAAAGGAAGUCUCAUGUCGUUAUGACUGGCACCAGACGGGUAGUCUUGUUGUCCUCACUAUUUAUGCUAAAGCAGCCCUUCCCGAGCUCAGCAGUGUUCAUGCUAAUCGCACAACGAUUGACAUCCAGAUUUCCUUCCAAGAGAAGAGCGAGUUCAAGCGUCAGCUGGAAUUAUGGGGUGUUAUCGAUGUGGACAAAAGUUUUGUGAACUUGCUACCCACAAAACUGGAGAUCACGCUAAGGAAAUCAUACCCUGUGACAUGGGGGCGCCUAGAACUGUCGGCAAUCUCCACACAACCUUCUCCCGAGUGCGAACCACAGCCAACAUGUGAGCCUCUCCAGGAUAAAGGUGAAGAAUCAGAUGACUGCCUGAGUUGGUCGGAAGAUGAAGAAUUUAGCGACUGAAAACCACUACCUUGUGCAGCAACCUCAGAGCCUCUCGCAAACCAUUUCCCCUGUUGCAUGGUUCCCCUCGGAAAAUCCCUCUGCCACUUGGAAAUUACACCAUUGUUUUGUUUUGUUUUCACAUAAAAAUCAAACUUUUUCUUCAUUCUCUAUCCCACCUAACUUGAAUGCCACUAUUUUUGAAGAGAUAAACAGGAUGGGACAAACCUUGACUCGGACCGUAACAACCAUUGGAGAAAAUAACAAAAACACUUCAGAUUUGUUAAUUCAUGGAGUUUAAGUAUUAAACGGUUACCUGUAUUGGAGUCUUUCACUGUUGGAGGACAAAUUUUGUUUGUGGUGGGGAAGCUUGGUCCACAUUACAUAAUUAUUUUUUGUUUUGUUUUUUAUAUAUAUAUAUACAUUUUUAUUUUUUUUACCCCAUUGUAAUUGCAAGUUGGCAUAUUGAGGGCCACAGGAGCCAAUCCCCACCCUCCCGCUGAUUUCUGUAGUGUUUUAAAGAUGUUAAAAUGUUUGUUUUACCGCUAACGAUGGCUGCUGUGUGUGUGUGUGUGUGUGUGUUGUUCCCGUCUCCUGCAAAAAUUGUCAAUCCGCGUCCAAUUUUACAGAUCAAUUCUGUAUAUCGUACUGAUGACACCAGUAAAUGUAUUAAUUAAAAAAAUUAGACCAAUAAAGUAAUAGUUAAAAGUAUUAAACUGUAAA